CUUUUUUUUUUUUUUUUUGUUUGUUUAUAUAUCCAUAUGAGGGCUUUCUUUGUGAUUGGUGUUAUCGCAGUGCAGCAAAGCUCAGCUACAUCAUAUCUGCUCCGUUGCAGGAGUCAGACUCAGAUAUACUACUAAUUAUCAUGGGCACAACGACAACAACAUCAUCAUCAGCAAAUGCAAAAUCAGCUAUGGCAGUGCAACACUUUCUCUCUGGCCUUGGGUCUGGAGUAGCUUCGGCCGUGCUGCUACAGCCGCUGGAUCUCUUGAAGACGCGGACUCAGCAAUCCGGUCGUCUCUCACUGCUGGGCUCUUGGAAGGAAGUGACACAGUCGCCACACCCGAUCCGGGCGCUAUGGAGGGGAACUGUGCCGUCGUCUCUACGCACGGGCAUAGGAUCCGCCAUCUACUUCUCAUCGCUGCAUAGCAUCCGCGAGUUCAUCCAGAGGUCAAAUGCACUCAACCAACGGAUCCAUACCCACAGCACCUCGUCGUCGUCGCUGCCGAAGCUGACCAAUACGGCCAACGUGGUGGCUGGCGCUGUGGCACGGACAUGGGCAGGCUUUGUCCUGAUGCCCUUGACCGUCAUCAAGGUCCGGUUUGAGUCAAGUCUUUAUUCCUACCCAUCCAUGUGGGCCGCCGUGAAAGAUAUCCAUCACCAGGCAGGCAUCCGGGGCUUCUUCUCGGGCUUUGGCGCAACCGCAAUCCGGGAUGCCCCCUAUGCGGGCAUGUACGUAUCCAUUUACGAGAUGCUGAAAAGAAGACUGGGGUCCUUCGUUUCUCAAGAUGCCAUGACACCCUCCAUGGCCAGCUCUGUCAACUUUGCUUCAGCCAUCUCGGCGGGCGCAAUCUGCUCAGCCAUAUCAAACCCAAUUGAUGUCUGCAAGACUCGGAUUCAGCUACAACCGGACCAGUACCGGAAUUUGCUUCACGCUGGCUACAGGAUGGUAACUGAAGAAGGCCUCCAUUCGUUGUGGCGUGGGCUAGUCCUCCGGAUGAGCCGUAAGGCAUUGAGCUCUGCGCUUUCAUGGACGAUAUAUGAGGAACUUAUCCGUAGAUAUGCUGGCAGCUACGGUGCAAGGAGUAGUCUCAAGUCAAUGUAAUUUUUUUUUUUAGUUUAUUUUGCGAAAGAAAGCUCAUAUUCGGAGUACAGAGAAAGAAGGAAAGAAUAGGAGAUGUUGCAUAAGGGCC